AUGGACUGGGGUAAUGCAAACGUUGAGACCAUCACCAAGGAUCAAGGGACCGUCACCGCGAUCACGGGGAAUCUACAUCUUGAAGGAUCUGUCAAGACUACAAAGUUGAAGCUGACAUGGCUUCCCGAUUCAUGUGAACUCGUCAACCUCACUUUAAUAGAGUUUGGUGAUCUAUUCAAGGAAGGUUUCGAUUAUCCUCCUUUUGGGGUGAAUGAGUGCACAAGAAAGGAGGUUUUGGCUUUUGGGGACUCCAAUAUGAAACAUCUUAAGCGCGGCGAUGUGGUGCAGCUUCAGAGGAAAGGCUACUUCAUAUGUGACGUUCCGUAUGAUACUGUUUUAAGAUGUUUUAUUGACUAA